UCCUCUCUCAUAAUAAUAACACAAAAAGAUUCCUCAUUUUUUUCUAUCCACACUGUUGCAUGUAACAAACAAACUCAAGUUUCUUCAUUCUUAUCUUCCAUGGCUUCAGAUUCCAGUUCAAAUCUAAGAAUCACCAUUGAAAGAAAUCCAUCUCAAACACGUUUAUCUGAACUAAACAUCAAGUGCUGGCCCAAAUGGGGUUGUUCACCAGGAAAGUAUCAGUUGAAAUUUGAUGCAGAAGAAACAUGCUAUUUAUUGAAAGGAAAAGUGAAAGCAUACACAAAAGGGUCAUCAGAUUUUGUAGAGUUUGGAGCUGGAGAUUUAGUGACAAUUCCUAAAGGACUGAGUUGUACUUGGGAUGUUUCUGUUGCUGUUGAUAAGUACUACAAAUUUGAAUCAUCUUCUUCUUCAUCUUUACCAUCUUGUUAAUUAUUAGUAGUUGUAGCAAGUAGUAAUGUUGUAUUGAAAUUAAAUUUAGCUUUUAUAGUGUUUUGAUUCAAUUUUUGUGGUUUGAGAAUGAAUGAGAUGCUUCUGACAUUAUUAUAGUAUUUAUUAUAGUCAAAGAUAGAGUCAAAUGAAUGUUAUGUUCAAACCAACCUAACCCAUACGUGUUAUGCUAGAAUUUAAAACGCCGCUUUUAUUAUUCCUUUGACUGGUCAACGAUAUGGAAAUAUUAUCAUUAUUCAAUUCAAUGAUAGUAUAGUAUUAAAUUAUUAAUGUUGAGUCACGUAGCUCACUUGGGGAAUUCAUUUAUGAUUGGGACUGUCCAUUUCUUGUAAUUGAAUUAUGUUUAUAAAUCUAAAGUAGUUUUAUAGUGAGGACAAGUGACAUUCACUUUUAUCAAUUCAUC